AUGAGAGUGUUUUUUCUUAUAUUAAUAAUUUUUGGAUAUUUUGUGACGGUAUUCAAUCAUGUGACGUUCACAAUUUUAAAGUGCGAAACACGAGACGAAAAAUUUUGUAACUUUCAGAAAUGUUUCAUAAAAGCUGUGAACCGUACUCAUAAGUACAUCGAUAUUCGUGUAAAUCUGUAUCAAAAAGCGAAUAAUGUCAAGGUAAUAAAGUUAAUGUGCCAUAAUAAUGGUUAACCUUUUUUCUUAGAUAUUUCUAUUGACGUUUGCAAGAUCCUUAAAAAUCCACAACAGUCGGUUGUAAAAAAGAUGUAUGGAAUUUACAAGAAUAGCUCCAACAUCAAUCACACAUGUCCAUAUGAAAACGACAUUAUUGUGGACCACGUUUGGACUGAAAAUCUAGAGUCAGAUAUUGUGAAAUACAUUCCCAUGAUUGGUGGCGAUUACCCCAUAUAUUCCGAAUGGUCUGUUUACAAUGUUGGUCGUGCAUUUAUAAAUAUAUACAAAAAAGUAUCAAAUAGAAACCUCUAA